AUGCAACAGCGUGGCUCCAUUGUGUACCACGAUCUGGUUCGGACCUCAUCGACUUCGUCUUGUACUUGCUUGACGGUUGUCUUCAUAACGGGCUUCCUGUAUUUGGCCUUGCUGUUGGAAUUUGGCGUCACCAUGGCCGAAGAGGAUCGCAGGGUCAAUGACCCGCCGUUACAACCUGAUUCUGGCUCAGAGUCUGAUGACUUCCAUGGUCCACCUCCAACCCCGUGGACAGGUGUCGUUUUGAAUGUGUUGAUGAAUUUGACUCUCAAACAGUUUCUUCUGCAAUUCCUCCAUUUAGACUGUGAUGUGCCGGGACUUGUGAGAGUGCUCAACAACUCUGCACCGAUUGAUCUCAGAUCCACCAUGGCCGCACUGGACUGGCCGAGACGGAUUUAUGUCCAAGUUGCCAGCUACACCGAGUUCCAACGUUGUGUAGCCCAGUUUGGGUUGUUAGAACAUGCCCCGGUCCUUGCACUGGAUCAGCAACAUGCCCAGGGAAUCUUCCCAGCGCGCAUGUAUCUGCACUUUGUUUCUGCGUUUCGAGCCCUGGAACAGUAUGAGCAUUUGGUCAGCGCCCAAUCCGUGGUGAUUGUGCGACUGGAGAAUAGGAUCUCCCGUCUUGAACAUGCAGUUGCCAAUGGUGAGCCCCUGACACUCACCCCGCGCUUCCCACCUGAAUGCUCAGCUUGGUUUCAAGAUUCUCCCAGCACUCAGCCGGAACCAUCCGCCGCCACAGACGCGGAUUGUGCUCUCGUGAUGACUCUGAACGGGCAGGCAGGUGGAUCAAGUGCCAACUUGGCACACUCAGCCGAGAAACGAGAUCUGCCAAUCGGUCCGAAUAUUGGCACGCUGGCUGUGCUCUUGGCCACCAUCCUCACCGAUGGGGGAGAGUGGCUAAGGGUGGUCUCGAAAGCCGCCUUUAGAGCCCAGUUGGAUCAUCUCAUUCUUAGCUGCACCAAACAGGACGAGCAGCAACUCUUCAAAUACCUCUUAGAGGUCCAGAUCCUCGCCGAUUCGAUUUAUGGCACUCCAUUGCCGUUGCCAUGCGACAUAGACCAUCAUGGGCAUGCCUAUCCAGAGGGGUCUCCUGGCCAGACAGGAGGCCUUGACACAGCAAGCCUUGAGAUCUCCCUUGUAGAGCAGCCCAAUGUGGGCAACCUUUUCGGGUAUGAGACUCCUCGGCCCGUCUCGGAUGAGGAAGCAGCAAUGGAGGGCUCACACUUUGCUGAACAGGACGAGCCCCAGCAUGACGAUGUUUUGACAGACCAGGACAGGGCCACUUUAGAUGCAAUGGUGCAUCAAGCUAUGCUUGGGGCUUCACUGCAAGAUGGUCUCUCACUGCCGUGGGAGACAGGUAUUAUGGCCACCAUCUUUGGGGACGCCCCACUUGUCACCCUACCAGAAGUUCCGCAAGUUGCUCAUUCAAUUGAUCCUGCCAAUGUGGAGCCACACCCCCCUGAGGCUGUAGCUGAAACACACACCAAGAGAGCCAGGACCGAUGCUUUCACUUGCAGGCUCUACGAACGGGCCAUAUCUUUCCGUAACACCCUCUCGGAUUUGGAGAUGGAUCAUGCCAAGUGGAACAAAGCUCUUGAGAGCCCCAACACCAUCUCCAAACGUGCAAACAGCUUGCUCCAAUUCUGUUUGUGGCAUCGUGGUUUCUACUACAGAAAGCAUCCCAUACCUUUUGAACAGGAUAUCCUGGACAAAAAGGCCUUGACCAGGUUGCUCGCCAUGGUCUCCCCUGCCUUUGGUGGCCCCGAUUUGGGGACUCGAAAAGCCAUGUUGGGCCCUGGAAUGGAACAAGAUUGCCAAGAAGGACGUCCUGAGGAAGAUCCGGAUGGGAGCCCUUCAUCCCGACCUGACAAGAUCAGGCCUCCUCGCUCAUCCAUUCGACAGCAGCAUUGCGUGAGCGAGCAGCAAAAGCAGGACACCCUGGCCAAAGCCUUGACCAACUGCCCGCCCGAUGCUAGACUUAGUCUUAGACUGGAGGACCUGGUGGAGUCGCCGUUGGCCGGUCCACGACCACGGGCCGUCCUGUGGCUGUCCAUUCUGCGCAUCCUGGGGGCACUUGAGGAACUACUGCGUGGACCCGCAGAGAUCACCGAGUACACCCAGCUAGUAGAUCUAGCUGAAGGGUUUUGUCCAGCUUUCGAGCUCCCUGGGCAACCCUACGUUGGGGAUCCUGGUCUUCCGCCAAGGACUGGGAAUCCCGGAAAAGAGGGAGGCGAGGCAUCAGCCCCUCCCGCCAGUGCCCCGCUUGAGGAGAGCAAGCUUCUUUCGAGCCUAAGAGUAACCUUGCAGGGGACAGAGCAUCAGAACUCCCGAGGAGAGGGGAGGCAACGUCCCGUAGAACAAGGAGCCGAGAUCGGAGGAGAUCAAGAAGUCGUCGCAGAACAGCCGCUAGAGAGCCCAGGACUCCUGAGAGAAGGGAGAGAGAGCCAUCGACCCGAGUUAGAGCCAAAGAGGAGGCAGAUAGGCCUUCAGUUCCGGAGCCAGCCCAUCCCCCCUCCCGAGGUGAAGGGAGCAAGGUCCCGAGCGGAGUGGCCUGAGGACCAGGGGUACGGCAACGAAGGCCAGUGGCCGAAAAGCAAAGGCGUGAAGAGACGAGAGAAAAACAGGGCUUUUCUCGUCACUCGGUCUUGGGUAGAUCCAAAGGGUGACCCAGGCUGGAUUGGGGCCAGUGAAGUCAAGCUAGAGGAGUUGGAGAUUGAGGGCACUGGACGCUAUUUGAAGCUGAAGGCAACAGGCACCAGGAGUGAGGCUCUCUUGAAGUACCUGAGCGGUUCAAGGACCAGAGAACUGGUCGUCCAUUUGUGCCCGGAUCCCUGUGACUCCCGAACAUGGAGGGACGACCUGGUUCAUGCCACGAGGCUUUACAAAGUGGGUGUGAACAGAGAUCCCUGGAUGGACAACUUGGGAGAAGUGAGGGCCGCUGUAGAGGACCAGGAGGACGCCAACCAGGAGAGGUCAUCGACAUGGAGCUCUUCGAGGGCCAAAGGGAGUCGCAAAGGCUUUGGAAGAAGACUCCCGGGACCCUACCUUGUUGUGGAGGCUCAACAAAGCCUGCUGACUCGGUUGGGGUUUCAACCGGAUGUGAGUUCAGCAGCUUUGCCUCCAAUCAUGGUGCAAUAUUAUCGAGCUCAUCUACAACCUGUGAUGAGCCCGGCUCUGUCCAGGGAAUCUUAUCAUUGGGCGGUACUGAUGGACCUACUACUUCAAGGAGAAGUUGCUCGUGGAGUCGACCUGGCAGCGCAAAGACUGAAGAGUUUGGAAAGCUACGCCAAAGGAGUAGCUUUGGACAUCAGCCGGAACUUGGAACUCUUGCCCCCGGAGAGAUCCUUGUUGGCGUCGGCAACAGAGACACAGCUGGCCUCCAAGCUGUCGAGCGAAGAGAUGAAGUUGCAGCAGAAGACAAGGUAUCCCUCAGGGGGAAAAGGAGGAGAAGCUUCCUCGGCGUAUCCCGGGGGAAGAAGGGCAAGAGCAAAGGCGACGGAAAGAAGGGCAAAGGAGACUACAAGGGGCCGCAAAAGGGAAAAGAAGAGGAGAAGGAAAAGGCGAGCUGAAGUGUAUGAGAUUGACGGGGCGCUUCAAAAGAGAGGAGAAAGCUUCGAGAGAGGAGUUCGCAGAAGGCUUGGUUGA